UCCGCCGCGGCGGGCGCGAGGACAAGAUGGCGGCGCUGGGGGAGCCGGUGCGGCUGGAGCGCGAUAUCUGUAGAGCAAUUGAGUUGCUGGAGAAAUUACAGAGGAGUGGAGAAGUGCCACCACAAAAACUACAGGCUCUGCAAAGGGUCCUUCAGAGUGAAUUCUGUAAUGCUGUAAGGGAGGUCUAUGAACACGUGUAUGAGACAGUGGACAUCAGCAGCAGCCCGGAAGUUAGAGCUAACGCGACAGCAAAGGCCACUGUAGCUGCRUUUGCAGCCAGCGAGGGGCACUCCCACCCCAGAGUGGUUGAACUGCCCAAAACCGAAGAAGGUCUCGGGUUCAACAUCAUGGGAGGCAAAGAGCAGAAUUCCCCCAUCUACAUCUCGCGGAUCAUCCCAGGCGGCAUCGCGGACCGGCAUGGCGGCCUCAAGCGGGGCGACCAGCUGCUCUCCGUCAACGGAGUGAGUGUUGAAGGUGAGCACCAUGAAAAAGCAGUAGAGCUGCUGAAGGCUGCCCAGGGGAAGGUCAAGCUGGUGGUGCGAUACACACCGAAGGUUCUGGAAGAAAUGGAGUCAAGAUUUGAGAAAAUGAGAUCAGCAAAACGCAGGCAGCAAAACUAACUUUGUAUGUAGUGACUCAGAGGAAAAUAGAUCCCAGUUACGUUUUGUAGGUUGCUUUGUGACUCGGUUGAUUUGCUGCCUGGGAUAGAAAGAAAACACUGUUCUUCUCGUAGAAUUGCAGAACUGUUGAGGUUGGAGGGGACCUGUGGAGAGGGUCUGGUCCAAGUCCCUGCUCCGAGGAGGGUCAGCUGGAGCGGGUUGCUCAGGGCUGUGUUGGGUCAGGUUUGGAGCAUCUCCUGGAGCGAAGGAGCCUCUUUGAGCAGCCUGCUCCAGUGUUCAGCCACCUUCCCAGCCAAAAAAGCAAGUUGUUCGAGCUUAAGCAGGACUGCCUGCCUUGCAGCUGGUGUCUGUUGCCUUGUGUCCUUUCAGUAGGUACCGCAGGACUCUGGCUCCAUCUGCUCCUGGCCCUUCCAUAAGACAUUUCCCCUGGGAGCCUGCUCUUCUGCAGGCCUCUCCUCGCGUGGCAGACGCUGCAGUUGCCGGCUCGUGGUCGGGGUGCCCUCCAGGAGCCCCUUCCUGCUCUCCAGCCAGUCAGUCACUAACAUURACUAGUGCACAGGGAUUUUCUUCCACAGGGCCAGGGCUUUGCGCUUCCCUCUGACCCUCCUGAGGCUCUUCAGCCUGUUGAGGUGGCUCUGUGUGGCAGCCCAGCCACCCUUCCCAGUUCGGUGUCAGCUGCAGCUUGUCACCUGCUCUGCCCCUUCCUGCAGGUCCCUGAUGAAGAUGCCGAGUGCCCUUGGCCCCAGGAUCGAGCCUGGGGCACGUCACUAGUGAGUGGCAUCUGGCUGGGCCUCGGGCAACUGCUCCUAACCCUUCAAACCUGGCAGUUCAGCCUCUCUCAAAUGCUCUGUUUUCAGUUCCCACGUCAUUUUCACCAUUUAAAAAUGUGUACCUUCAAAUURGCCUAAGAAUUUCUGGGGGAAAGAAAAGAAAAGGCAUGUAUGCUGACACUGAGUUGAUUUUUAUAAAUCUUUUACAGGUCAAAGCUUUUAAGCAUGAAACGAACUUGCAGCUUUUUUAAAAAGACAUUUAAUGAGAGAGAUUUCUACAGUUGGCACCCUUUUCUUUACCCUCCUUCUGGCAUUAUUGAAAACUGACUCUGCAGGUUUUUUUUGCUAAAUGCUUUUGGAAGCAAACGUUAUGUAGCAGGAUUUUGGCACUUUUCUUAGAACACGUUGUAUAUCAACUGCAAAAGCCUAAUCAUGAUCUACUGUGUAGCUGAUGAUGAUACUAGAUUUUGUAAUUUUUUUGGUGAGUACAUUAUUUUUACACUUCUGCUAAAUCAUAACUCGUUACUCUGGAAAUUUUUAUUACCUCACCUGUAAAUACUUUACAAUUAAUGUUCAUUUAUAAUGACUUUGUAAUAGCUGACAUUUACGAAUUUGCAACAAUCAUUCCUGUAAUUUUUUUAUUAUUUUGUACUAAUUUUGAAGCAGUUAAGGGGAAAAUAUAAUUGUGAUUUUAGUUCUGGAAUGCCUCUCCAAAUGUAUUUUUGUAUUCAGCAAAAAAAGGCAAAAUAUGUUAAUGCAGUGCGAAAAUUCCAGACGUUUCCCCAACGUUCUGCUGKUUUUUUUAAAAAAACAAAGCAUUGAUUUUAGUUGUCAUAACUCUGUUGUGCUUUCAGUAUGCUGAGUUGUAUUCUUCUCUUGAAGGGCGACUCUGCAGAAUUUGGAACAUUUGGUACCUAAAUGACUGUUACAUUCGUACGAGUAAUAAUUUCUAAUGUAUGUUGUGUGCAGAGGGACCCUGACGGGAGGAUUUGCCUGGGCUUUGUCACUGACCUGCUCCUGAUUUGGAGGGCUCUUGUUUUCCCUGCAGGCGUAGCAGCACCGACGUGCGCCGGCAGCUCGAUGCCCAGAGCAGAGGCACCUCCAAAUCGGAGCAGCUCGUGGCAUGGACACAGUUGCGUGCCCUCCUGAAGGAGCUGUUCCUCUGGAAAAUGGGACGCUUUUGGGAAUCUGCCAGGUUUGGGGCUGCACUUGUAGUUCCAAGCAAAACAAGUCACCUUUUGGUAUAGAUUUAGCAUUAAGUUGCAAGGCAGCUAUGACUGCAUCCUAAUGACUGUGAUUAAGUUGUAUCUUAGAGGCUUACGCUGAAAAGGGGCAGCUCGUACUAGGUGGCUAAUCUCUUAUCUCUUUGUGUGCAGCACUGCGAUGCAGCACGAGUUUAAUUCAGCAUGUGAAAGAAAGAAAAAGGUUAARGCUCUGAAAAUGCACGAGUUUUGUGCUUUUUCAGUUGAUCUUCUGGCAAAGAAAUCAGAGAAGGUUGUUACAGCCAAGCAGUUGCUUUCUGCAUGUUUGCAAGCGUGGUGAGCCCACUUGCAAAGAGAAUAGGAUUUUGGAGUUCCUGAUAGCCUGAAAAUGCAAUAUAACUAUUUAUCAGCUAAGCGACGUGGAGCACUGAAUUGCAUGGUUGAGUAUCUGUCAUAGGCCUCUGUGAGCAGGCUUCAUGUUACUGAUAGGACCGUGUUGUGGAAUUGUAUAUUUUUAUGGAGCAACUAAUGGUUGAAGUAUUGAGACCAAAAUCAAUA